AUGAGCUCAGUCCAGCUGGCCCCACGAGAGCUGGCCCGCUGGCGGGACCAGGAGGAGAAGAGGGGCCUGGAGAUCAUUGAGCAGCUACAGAAGGAGCCGCGCAGCCUCCCGACCUCCAAACUGACCCACAAGGGGGAAGUUGAGAUCCUGCGGGACGUGGACCAGAUGCUGACCCUGGAGGAUCUGGUGGGACCCAUGGUGUCCACAGACUGCAGCCCACUGGCCCCGCCUGCCACGUCGAAGGGCACCACGGAGCAGCACGAGGACACCACCGAGCAGCACGAGCACCACUUCCUGGACCCCAGCUGCCGCAUCUGCAUGGACUGGAAGCCCUCAUGUGAGCAGCCAGGCUUCCCCAAAGCCACCAGGAGGAUGGGGGAUGAGGCCUGCCAGAGAGCCCCAAGCCUAGUCCCUAUGUCCUCUCCAGAGAUGCCCCAAACCAAGGAGAAGCCUCCCACAGAGCCCGAGGACUCUGUCCCUCCCUCUAGGGUCCAGAUGCCUGCUGGGCCCACAAAGGCUCUGCCUAGCCAGCUGCCCUGGGAGGGGUCUCUGGACAUGUUCUCCAUUAAGCGGUUCCGGGUCAAGGCCCAGCUGGUCUCGGGACACAGCUGUCGGCUCAUCCAGGCCCUGCCCCAGGUGAUCUGCUCUGCAGGCUGCAUCCCCCCCAACACUGUCUGGGACUUUCUGGCCAGCGUCUCUCCAGCUGAGGCCAAGGUCUGGAAGCCACUCACUCGAGCCUGUUGCUGGCUGUGCUGCUCCCCAAGGCAGGGCUUCCGGCCACAGCAGAGUCCAGCCCCUUGUGGGGGAAGGUUCGCAAAAUGGUCUCCUUCAGCAGAAAAGUGGAGAUGA